CGGAGCGGCCCGGCCGAGCUCUCUGUGCAGCGGGAUGCAGCGGGCCGAGGCCCGGCCACGUCAGCACCCCGAGGGGGCUGCCCCGGGGGGCGGAAGCGGCGGGGAGCGGGCAGCUGCAGCGGCCGCGGGAGCCAUGGACCCCACGAGGCUGCUGUUUCAGGAGCCUUCCCUCUACACAGUCAAGGCCAUAUUCAUCUUGGACAAUGAUGGACGGCGACUCUUAGCCAAGUACUACGACGACACCUUUCCAUCCACAAAAGAACAGAAGACCUUUGAGAGGAGCGUUUUCAAUAAAACCCACAAAACUGACAGUGAGAUCGCCUUUCUGGAGGGGCUGACCAUUGUCUAUAAAAGCAGCAUCGACCUCUUUUUCUACGUGGUGGGGAGUUCCCAGGAAAAUGAGCUGAUGCUAAUGGCAGUUCUCACCUGUCUGUUCGACUCCCUCAAUCACAUGUUACGGAAAAAUGUAGAGAAGCGCUCCCUGCUGGACAACCUGGACGGGGCGUUCCUCGUGGUGGAUGAGAUCGUCGAUGGGGGGGUGAUUCUGGAGAGCGAUCCUCAACAAGUGAUCCAGAAGGUGAACUUCAGGACAGUCUCGGAGCCGGCGGCGUACGGGUGGACGACAGCCCUCUGUCCGAGCAAAGCGUUGCCCAGGUUCUGCAAUCUGCCAAAGAGCAAAUUAAAUGGUCCUUAUUAAAGUGAACGUCCCAGAGGAGAGCGCCUGGAUCCUCCCGAUUGGAUGGGUCUGAACUGCGACGGCAAAUGAUUCCUCGCCUUAUUCGAUUAGCCGUUUGCAAAUUGGCAUGAAAAGUCUGAUAAAAGCUUUUGGGUAGGAUGCAAGAUGGCUGACAUUGGCCGUGCCUCCUGGGGGAACGCCAGCCUUCCACGGACACGGGUUUAAACCCAGUCUCGGUACCAUGAAAUUAUCUGCAUGCUAAAGGGGAGGGUGGGGGUUGGGCGAAUUAACUGGUUAACAGACCAAAUUCUGCUCCUUAAACCAGUGUAAAUGAGGAGUGACAUCGAUGGGGUUAUUUCAGAUUGACAAUGGUGUAACUGAGAGCAGAACCUGGCCCAAGAUCCAUGAAGAGCUCCAGAAUUCCUCAGCGUUAUUACAGUUAUUUAAGGAAUGAAUAGGCGGAUUGAUCAUUUGUAGUUGCACCACCUCAAGCACUGCACGAGAAUCAAUUAGAAUUUGAUUGGUACUAGCAGAGUCAGAACAUAACUAGUUGAAUCUUCAGUUUCACCAGUAAAGAGCUGGCUCCUUCUUUUGCAGGGCUGUCACUAGUGCCUGCACACUUGUUGAUCAAAGCAACCAGCCGAUGCUUGCUUGCUCCUCAGUGAGGGUCGGGCCCUACAGACACAGCCUGAGGCUUUCAAAACCAUAGGAAGGGAUUUGCAUGCCCUUUUCUCAUUCAGACAAAUGGGGCUUGGUCAUCCAGGUGGCGCUAAGCUCUUUGGAAUAUCUCAGCCACUUCCAAAAUUUCUUCCACUGUCUCCCAAGGGAACCGGCGCUUUGAUCCCUUUUGGGGAUGGCCAUGCCUGUGCAGAGGGUUGGCGUGAAGUAAGUGCCACUGUCACAUCUUCCCACAUGCAGAGUGGGGAUGAGUGCACAGGAAUCAUUAUCACCCUGUCAGAGUAAGAUUCAGUGACGACCACUAAUAACCCCCCCAAGCUCUUACAGGGUGCUUUUCAUCAGGAGAUCUCAAAGCACUUUACAGAAGAGGUCAGGUCAUUAUACAGAUGGGGAAACUGAGGCACAGAGUGGGGCAGUGACUUGUCCAAGGUCAUCAAGUAGGCCAUUGGCAGAGCUGGGAAUAGAAUCCAGGUCUCCUAAAUCCCAAUCCAGUGCUCCAGCCACUAGGCAGCACUGCCUCCCUCAUGUAGCUUUGGCUGUCGGUAAUUUUGUAAAAACAAUCCUGCUGCAACUAGCUGUCAGCUCAAACAUCAUGAAAGGACUCAGCUAUGGUAAAAAUCCUAUUUUCAGAAUGAUCAUUUCCUUCCCUUUAACACCUCAGAUUAUCAAUAAUAAAAAAAAAUGAAAACCAAAUGAAGGGGAAUUGGCUAGCUGUGUGAUGCUUCAUCGAGGGCUUGGUACGUUUCAAUCCAUUUCUGUAAACUGGGCAUGCCCAGCUUCUUUUAUGCUCAACAAAUAAAGUUUUAUAGCACAUGGGUCA